UUUGUUUAAUUCUUACUCUGCAAACCAGCUUGAUACAAGGGCUUCUUCAGCCGUAAAAGCGAUAUGGUGCUUACGGAUUUCAAUGGAGCUGGUGUCGGAUUUGGUUUCGGCGUCGGUUGUGGUUUCGGAGUUGGAUGGGGUUUCGGAGGAAUGCCUUUGAAUUUCUUGGGCAUCGGCGCGGGUGGAGGCUGUGGGAUUGGAGUAGGCCUUGGAUGGGGCUUUGGCACUGCCUUUGGGAGCAAGUAUCGAUCAUCUAGGGUCGCGUUUCAGGGCACUGAAUUCAGCAAAAGGGAUCAAACUGAUGCAACAUUCAAAGAUGUAUCACAAAGCACCCAAGAAGUUGCCCAGCACAAAUCAAAGAAAGAUUGCUGGCUUGUCGUCAAAGGCAGAGUGUUGAACGUGACAAAGUUUCUGGACGAGCACCCGGGAGGAGAAGAGGUGCUGAUAGAGUCUGCAGGUAAAGAUGCGACAAAGGACUUCGAGGUUGUUGGACACAGCAAGGCAGCUCAAAACUUGCUCCGAAAAUACCAAGUGGGUGUUCUUGAAGGAUACACAGUCCAAGACGGAGACGCCAAGGAAGUCCCCUACAACGAAUCCAAGAAGAAAGAGAUGACUGCUUUUGUGAUCAAGGAUGACGGAAAGGCCACGUAUGCGGGUUUCCUCGAGUUCUUCGUCCCGCUCUUGGUUGCCGGCUCCUAUUUCUGUUACAGAUACCUUAACAGAGCAGCCCAGAUCAUGAAUUAGUUCAUCUUUUGUCUAAUUCAACCACUGCCCAUUAUCAUCUAUGUCGUCUACUUUUUCUUUUUGUUUUUUUUUUUUAAGGUUUAUUGAUUGUCGCCUAUAUAUAUUGGCAGAAUUUCUUGGGUCAACCUUACCUGCCAGAAUCUGUUUCAUUUGUUUGGCCCUUAAUCUAUUUACGUUGGUUAAAAAUAAGAUGAAUAUUGAAACUA